CUUCCACAGAAUCGUUCACACUUCGUCAAUCGUACUUCGUCAUUUCAUUCAUUUUUCAUUUGUGUAUGUGGCAGCCGUGGGUGCAUUAUUCGUCAAUUUUUAAUACAAAUAAAAAAAUAUUUUAUCGAUUCAUUUUUCUUCAUGUAGGAAUUAAAUUGGAAUAACCCCGCGAUAUAAGACGGUCGCUCCUAAGCUUAUUUGGAUUAGUUAGAGCAGAGAAAGUUAGCAAUAAUGGCUCAAGUGUUGCCGAUACGCUUCCAGGAGCAUUUACAGCUCACCAACAUUGGAAUAAAUCCUGCCUCCAUUUCGUUCAACACACUUACAAUGGAGUCGGAUAAGUUCAUCUGCGUCCGCGAGAAGGUCGGCGAGACAUCCGAGGUGGUCAUCAUAGAUAUGGCAGACCCUACCAACCCCAUCAGAAGGCCAAUCAGUGCAGACUCUGCCAUCAUGAACCCAGCCAGCAAGGUCAUUGCACUCAAAGGCAAAGCUGGGGUAGAAGCAGCGCAAAAGACCCUCCAAAUAUUCAACAUCGAGAUGAAAUCCAAGAUGAAGGCGCACACGAUGACAGAAGACGUGGUGUUCUGGAAGUGGAUAUCGCCGAACACUCUCGCCUUGGUGACGAAGAUGUCCGUCUACCACUGGUCCAUGGAGGGAGACUCCACACCAGUCAAGAUGUUCGACAGGCAUUCAUCGCUCGCUGAGUGCCAGAUCAUCAACUAUAGGACCGAUCCAAAGCAGCAGUGGUUACUGUUAGUGGGUAUUUCUGCGCAACAGAAUCGCGUAGUAGGUGCAAUGCAGCUAUACUCUGUGGAGCGCAAGUGCUCACAGCCCAUCGAGGGACACGCCGCGUCGUUUGCGACCUUCAAGGCGGAGGGCAACGCCGAACCCUCUACGUUGUUCUGCUUCGCUGUGAGGACGGCCCAGGGCGGCAAACUUCAUAUUAUUGAGGUGGGCCAAACCCCAGCCGGCAACCAGCCGUUUCCCAAAAAGGCAGUAGACGUAUUCUUUCCCGCCGAGGCGCAAAACGACUUCCCCGUGGCGAUGCAGGUGUCGCCCAAGUACGAUGUGAUCUACCUCAUCACCAAGUACGGCUACAUACACAUGUACGACAUCGAGACCGGGACAUGUAUCUACAUGAACCGCAUCUCGUCCGAUACCAUAUUCGUGACCGCUCCACACGAGGCCACUGGAGGAAUUAUUGGCGUAAACCGAAAAGGCCAAGUUCUGUCAGUGACGGUGGAAGAAGACUCAAUUGUGCCGUACAUCAACACGGUGCUACAGAACCCUGAGCUGGCGCUGCGUCUCGCCGUGAGGAACAACUUGGCCGGUGCCGAGGAGCUGUUUGUUAGGAAGUUCAACAUGCUUUUCACUAACGGACAGUACGGGGAGGCGGCUAAAGUGGCAGCCAUGGCCCCGCGCGGCAUUCUGCGCACGCCGCAAACCAUCCAGCGCUUCCAGCAGGUGCCCACGCAGCCGGGCCAGACCUCCCCGCUGCUGCAGUACUUCGGCAUCCUGCUGGACCAGGCGCAGCUCAACAAGUUCGAGUCGCUCGAGCUGUGCCGGCCCGUGCUCUUGCAGGGACGUAAACAACUCUUAGAGAAAUGGCUCAAAGAGGAGAAGCUGGAGUGCUCAGAAGAGCUGGGAGACCUCGUCAAACAAGUGGACCUCACCCUCGCAUUGUCUGUGUAUUUGCGGGCCAAUGUCGCCAGCAAAGUCAUACAGUGCUUCGCUGAGACUGGCCAGUUCCAAAAAAUUGUGCUCUAUGCUAAGAAGGUGGGUUACACGCCCGACUACAUCUACCUGCUGCGGUCGGUAAUGCGCACGAGCCCGGAGCAAGGCGCGGGCUUCGCGGGCAUGCUGGUAGCUGAGGACCCCCCCUUGGCCGACAUCCAGCAGAUCGUGGACGUGUUCAUGGAGCAGAACAUGGUGCAGCAGUGCACCGCCUUCCUGCUGGACGCGCUGAAGAAUAACCGCCCUGAAGAGGGGCCUUUGCAGACGAGGUUGUUGGAAAUGAACCUCAUGUCGGCGCCGCAAGUGGCAGACGCGAUCCUCGGUAACGGCAUGUUCACGCACUACGACCGCGCGCACGUGGCGCAGCUGUGCGAGAAGGCGGGCCUGCUGCAGCGCGCGCUCGAGCAUUACACCGACCUGUAUGACAUCAAACGCGCUGUGGUACACACCCACUUGCUAUCAGCAGACUGGCUCGUCAGCUACUUCGGCACCCUGUCAGUGGAAGAUUCCCUCGAGUGCCUCAAAGCAAUGCUCCAAGCCAACAUCCGCCAGAACUUGCAGAUUUGCGUACAGAUCGCGACCAAAUACCACGAACAACUCACUACUAAGGCUCUGAUCGAGUUGUUUGAGAGCUUCAAGACUUAUGAGGGUCUAUUCUACUUCCUCGGGUCUAUUGUCAACUUCAGUCAGGAUUCGGAAGUUCACUUCAAGUACAUUCAGGCCGCCUGCAAGACCGGUCAAAUCAAAGAAGUGGAGCGCAUAUGUCGCGAAUCCAACUGCUACAACGCUGAACGUGUCAAGAACUUCCUGAAAGAAGCCAAGUUGCCCGACCAGCUGCCUCUUAUCAUCGUUUGCGACAGAUUCGACUUUGUGCACGACCUCGUGCUCUACUUGUAUAGAAACAGUCUCCAAAAAUACAUCGAGAUUUACGUGCAAAAGGUGAACCCAUCUCGCCUGCCUGUCGUGGUUGGCGGUCUGCUUGACGUGGACUGCGCGGAAGAUAUCAUAAAGAACCUGAUACUGGUAGUGCGCGGACAGUUCUCCACCGACGAGCUGGUUGCAGAGGUGGAGAAGAGGAAUAGAUUGAAGUUGCUCCUCCCAUGGCUGGAAACCCGCGUCCACGAGGGUUGCAACGAGCCAGCGACGCACAAUGCCCUCGCGAAGAUCUAUAUCGAUUCCAACAAUAAUCCUGAACGGUUCCUCAAGGAAAAUCAAUUCUACGACUCGCGCGUCGUCGGUCGCUACUGCGAAAAGCGCGAUCCUCACCUCGCGUGCGUGGCGUACGAGCGCGGGCAAUGCGAUCGCGAGCUGAUCGCCGUUUGCAACGACAACUCGCUGUUCAAGACGCAGGCGCGGUACCUCGUGCGACGCCGCGACCAGGACCUCUGGCUCGAGGUUUUGUCCGAAUCCAACCCAUUCAAGCGACAACUUAUUGACCAGGUAGUGCAAACAGCUCUCUCAGAAACUCAAGACCCUGAAGACAUUUCGGUGACGGUAAAAGCCUUCAUGACCGCCGAUCUGCCCAAUGAACUGAUUGAGUUGCUCGAGAAGAUUGUGCUCGACAAUUCCGUGUUCUCUGACCACAGGAAUCUGCAGAACUUGCUCAUUUUGACAGCUAUAAAGGCGGACCGCACCCGGGUGAUGGAAUACAUUAACCGGCUGGACAACUACGACGCACCGGAUAUAGCUAAUAUCGCCAUCAACAACGAGCUGUACGAGGAGGCCUUUGCUAUCUUCAAGAAGUUUGACGUCAACACCUCUGCUAUUCAAGUUCUAAUCGACCAAGUGAAGGAUCUGAAACGCGCGUACGAGUUCGCGGAACGUUGCAACGAGCCCGGCGUGUGGUCGCAACUCGCCAAGGCGCAGCUGCAGCAGGGCCUCGUGAAGGAGGCCAUAGACUCGUACAUUAAGGCGGAUGACCCCUCCGCCUACCUCGACGUGGUGGAGACGGCGUCCAAACAGCAGUCUUGGGAUGACCUCGUGCGGUAUUUACAGAUGGCACGAAAGAAAGCACGCGAAUCGUACAUCGAAUCGGAACUCAUCUACGCAUACGCUCGAACCGGCCGCCUGGCCGACCUCGAGGAAUUCAUUUCGGGGCCCAAUCAUGCCGACAUACAGAAGAUCGGCGACCGCUGCUUCGAGGACAAAAUGUACAACGCGGCCAAGUUGCUGUACAAUAAUGUCAGCAAUUUCGCGCGCCUAGCUAUCACAUUGGUGCAUCUCAAGGAAUUUCAAGGUGCUGUGGACAGCGCUCGCAAAGCCAACUCGACGCGGACGUGGAAGGAAGUGUGCUUCGCGUGCGUGGACGCGGGCGAGUUCCGCCUGGCGCAGAUGUGCGGCCUGCACAUCGUCGUGCACGCGGACGAGCUCGAGGACCUUAUAAACUACUACCAGGACCGAGGCCACUUCGACGAGCUCAUCAGCCUGCUGGAAGCCGCGCUGGGCCUGGAGCGCGCUCACAUGGGCAUGUUCACGGAGCUGGCCAUCCUCUACUCCAAAUACAAGCCCGUCAAGAUGCGCGAACACUUGGAGCUGUUCUGGUCGCGAGUUAACAUACCAAAGGUUCUCCGCGCAGCAGAACACGCACACUUGUGGUCGGAGCUGGUGUUCCUGUACGACAAGUACGAGGAGUACGACAACGCGGCGCUCACCAUGAUGCAGCACCCCACCGAGGCCUGGCGCGAGGGACACUUCAAAGACAUCAUCACCAAGGUGGCGAACAUGGAGCUUUACUACAAAGCCAUUCAAUUCUACCUGGACUACAAGCCCCUUCUCCUCAACGACUUACUAUUGGUGCUGGCGCCUCGCAUGGACCACACGCGAGCGGUCGCGUUCUUCACCAAGGCAGGCCACCUGCAGCUCGUGAAGGCGUACCUGCGGUCAGUGCAGAGUCUCAACAACAAGGCUGUUAACGAAGCUCUCAACUCCCUGCUUAUAGACGAAGAGGACUACCAGGGCUUACGAACUUCGAUAGAUGCAUUCGACAACUUCGACACCAUUGCGCUCGCGCAACAAUUAGAAAAACACGAACUUACCGAAUUUAGAAGAAUCGCCGCCUACUUAUACAAAGGCAACAACCGGUGGAAACAGAGCGUGGAACUGUGCAAGAAGGACGCGCUAUACGCGGACGCCAUGGAGUACGCGGCAGAGUCGCGGCAGCCUGAAGUGGCCGAGGAGCUCCUCGACUGGUUCCUCGAGAGAGACAACUUCGAGUGCUUCUCCGCCUGCCUUUACCAGUGUUAUGACCUGUUGAAACCUGAUGUAGUAAUCGAAUUAGCCUGGAGGCAUAACAUUAUGGACUUCGCUAUGCCCUACCUCAUUCAGACGGUGCGCGAGCUCACAACGAAAGUGGAGAAGUUAGAAGAGGCUGACGCGAAACGCAGCACAGAGGUCGCGGAGCAGGAAGCCAAGCCCGCUAUGAUCAUGGAGCCGCAGCUUAUGCUCACCGCCGGUCCGUCGAUGCCGUACGUGCCGGGCGUGGCGGCGCAGGCGUCGUCGCCGUACGCGUACGCGGCGCAGGCGCCGUCGCCCGCGCCCUACCACGGCUACGGCAUGUAGGGAGCCGCCGCCCCGCACUGGCGGGCCGUGGCCGACUACCACUACUGAGAAGCGACCACCUCACACGACUCGACGCCGACGUCAUAUAAACCUGGCCGCAUAUUAUCACUAAACUUUCUGUCCCACUCAUUCUGCGAACGUCAGAAGCGUACGAGUUAAUUUUUCUAGCGCUUGAGUACAGAAUGUAUGAGCAGAGUGCCGCGUCCAUAAUUUUUUUCUGACAGUUUCUGAUAAUAUGCGCAGGUCUUAAUUGUUGUCUUGUAAUACAAGGAACAGAGGAACCACCUCUCUAGUUUGGCAGCUACACGAGCAAAACUACCAAUCGCUAUCAAAAGUUCAUUAAAAAAAUGAACAACGUUCAGAUGACAAGAACAAAUUCGCUGAAAUUCAGACAUUAUUUCGUCACAGUGAGGUACAAUUUCAAUUGUACACAAUUUUAACAAAAUUGCACAAAAAACAUGCCCUGCAAUUGGGUAAGCAGUUGGUUGUGUGGGACAGAUUUGGAGCGUAAUUGUGGGUUUUGCUAGUUUAGUAUAAGUUAAUAGAAAUUAUCCUUGUAUUACAAAUCAUACACGCGUUGAGAACUGGUUACCUUGCGCGUCGUCGUCGUGCUUUGUCCUUAGUAAUUUUUAAGUAAAUAAGCGUGAAGUAGCAAAAAUCUAUCAGCUUCUUAGGGACCUUAUUAGAAAUUUGACAGAUCGAUGCAAUGGACGGUCACGUUUGUUAACUUCAAAAUUUAAGUAAGGUUUUUUUGCAACCGACAUUCGAUGUAUGACCCACCAGAUAUCGCGGUAUUAUUGAAAGCCCUCGGGCCAAAAUGCGGCUGAACAUUUUAGCCCUACGUGUAAUGGCCUUGAUUAGGACAUCAACUAUCACUAUCAGUUAUAAGGCGCGGCGCUUUGGCGUGGGAUAGCGCAGAAUAUUUUUUCUGCCUAACCAAUUACGUUGAACUAAUAUCGAAAAUUAACACACUGGAAUUCAUAGUCCCCGAAAGAAGCCUCUAUCUUGACUAUGAAUUCCAAUGUUACUAUUUGGAAUUUCCCCUUUACUCUUGGCUAGUUGUGUCAAUUGUUUUUCGAUAUUAUGUAAACGUGUGUAAAGUCGAUAAUGAUUUGGCAGUGAAAAAUGCUCUGCGCUGCGCCUCGCCAGAUGUGCGCCGACCCUAAGAGACAAGUUUGUAACAAUGGCCACACUUUAGGUCAUGGUACUCAAUUUUUAUCGACAUAGUGCAGUAUUUAAUGAAAAUCUUUAUCUAAUAGCUAUAAUUAAAUAUAAUCGUCACCGUUGUUCAUUGAACGAUAUUCUCUUUACAUUUUCGAUUGAAAAUACGUUAUUUGGUGAAAAAACCUUAGAUAGUAGAUAACUUUUUUUUUUCUAUAAAAUGGGUUUUCUUUCUUAUGCAAUAUGGCCUAAUAAAUAAUUUGAGAUAUUUUGGUCUCUUAAAAAUAUUUAGUGUGUCGAAAAUGUUAAGAGAAUUUUUAAUGAAUAUAAAAUUGUGGUUGGGUCCAUCAGUAUAGUUAAAUGGGAGUGUCGAACUGUGCAAAACUAUUUAAACCCUAAUAGCUCUCAAAUAUAAAAUAUACUUACCAUUCGAUGUAGAGAGUUAAAUAAAUACAUAGUUAUUUAAUGUUGUUAUUUGUAGGGAUUCAAUCGCAUCACUUGUCAAAGGCUGCUAAACUAAAUAUUAUGUACUGAAAAUAAAAAGCUACGUAAUUUAAAAUUGUUACUAGUGUUACCUGAAUUAGCAAGUAGAUUGAAUCUCUAUAGCAAAUAGCUUAUUUCGUAAGGGUGGAUCCACCCCUGCAUAAGCGCAUGAACCGUGCACCCAACGCGCAUCGAAUUCGUCACUGUCUCUGUGCGCUCCCAAGCAAAAACUCACGAGACAUGUGCACCCCGUGAUUUGUACAAUAUGCGUGCGAACGCCUACAUAAUAUUCUUAUGAUGCGCGUUGUGUGCAUAGUUUAUGCGCGUGCGCAGGUGUGGAUGAGACUUAAAUUUAACGUUUAUGAUCCAAUAUUUAUUGAAUGAUACAAUAUAACGUUCUUUAAAAAUUUUGCGCCUUACAUUCAUUUUGAAAAAUCACUUCUAAAUUAUUAGGAAACAAUUUUAAUAUCAAGUAAUUUAGAAAAGCAGAAUAAUUUUUAGGAUAAUAAAAAGCUAAUAUGCAAUUAUUUGCAUAUUGGGCGAUUGUUUAUGUUUUUGCUUCUAUUAGACACCCAAGAAAUGAUGAAUAAUGUUUAUGACAGCAGUAUCCAAUGUUCUCGACGUCAUCAGAGCUUAGACAUGCCACUACCACGGGUGCAUAGAUAAGGUGAUAUUAUCGCGUGUCUGUACAUAGUGACUGAUUGUGUGUCGCGACGUUCGUUCGCGUCCGAUUACUUAUUAGCUAUUUAAAUUAUAACAUACAUAAAAGAAGUUACUCUAAAUUAUGAGCAAAAUGUUGUAUAAGUAAAAAAAUAUUAAAAUACACAAUAUUGUUCAAUAGUUGAUACUUUAUUGAUAUAAUAAAAUUAAAAUUUGUUCAGAUGAUUUAUAUUGAGAUUGUAUGACCACUGACCAGCGCUAAGGCUUUAUCGAAAUAAAUAGAGAUUCUGUCAAUAGUGCAAUACCAAGUUACUUGGCGUUCAUAUAGAAAGGAAAAAAAACAUCAAGCUUUUGAUGUACAAAAGUAUAUUAUUAACAUUUCAAAAUGAAUAUUGUUAUAUGUAUAUAAUGCUUUCAAAGUAGAUGAUUGAUAUGUAAGGUGAAAUUAAGGAAGCGAAACUCCUGGUAAAUGGAAAGCUAACAGUAAUAAGAUCAUCGUAGGUAUGAUUAGACUUAGUUUAGGCGGAAGUAGCAUUAUGAUGUUAUUAUUUUGGAUUAUUUUUGUUUGCGAGCGUGUGCGAAGUUUGUAUAAGUCACGCGUGUUGCUUGCGUUGCAUCAUUUAUCACACCUUGGUAUGCCUUCACUAGAUAAUACUUUAGAUUAUUACUUAUAGUUGAACCAGGGAGGUCCUCUGGUGCCUUUGUUAUUACCUGUCAACAAUUUUUAUAGAGAUAAUAGUUUCUUUUUUUUUUACAUCGUCUCCAAAAGCUGUUAAAUAAUACUUAUAAUUAAUGUAAGCUCCACAUACUGUUACACUGUAACAUCAUGGCCGGAGUGUAAUGAUCAUUAAGUGAUUGUUAAAAUAAUUCAUUUAAAUCAUUCCUUCACUAACAUUAUUGUUUAUAAUUUCUUAUUACGUAAAGCAAAAAAAGCAGUUGCAGUACUUACUAUUAUAAUAUCUACACUUUUGUUUUUUUAGCAAAACUGAUUGUUUUUGUCUUGUGUGAAGUUACUUUAUAUUGAAAAGAAUAAUAUACGUAUACUUCUACUAAACCCAGCACAUAUUAUCGCUGGUAAAAUUGAAUUUAAACGUUAAAAUAUAUAAGUAAAUACUGCAACGGUUUACCUUAUAAUAUAUAAAACCGAAAAUUAUUAGUAUUGUAUUUAUUCGUGUAUGAUACUAUUUCCCUGAAUUUUAUUAUAGUAAGAUUAUAUUAUAUUAAUAAAUUAA